GUCGAACAAUUCUAUCCACAUCAUCUAAAGAUGAUGGUUUUGUUUGUGAUCGCGGCACUUCAUCUCGCUUAUACUCGAGAGUUUUUGUCGACUUUCCGAGCUUACGAGUCACUCGCCAAUCAGGUAGAAUACCGAGCAUCUCCAGGUAGCGAUAGUCAGGGAGACAUUAACUUGGUGCGAUUCGUGAUGAUCGCCUUUGUUGAUUAUAAGAAGAACUUGUGGAUGACUGUUGGUGCAAUGUGCGCAUCGCUUUCGACCAGCGCUAUCAUCUUGUUCUUCUACAACUCCUAUUGGAAUCAAAUGAGCCGAGUCACCAAGGCAGUGGUGUGUGUGGUGGACAUGCUUGCGUUGUUGUCCCUUCCAUUCCUUUUGGGUGCUCGUCUUAUGAUUGCGACAAAUCUCACCACAUACAUCGAGCCGUCCCUUCACGCAGCAUCCCGCUUGGUCUCCACAAGCGGCUUCAUGAACGAGCUGAAAUGUUCGAUUAUUGCUCGUGAAUCGCUUCCACUGUGCAGUGUCGUUCUGGAACGUUCCAUCUUCCCCGUACUCAUCCUCAAGUAUCUGAUUGUACUGUGUGUACUGACAGCAGCCUACAUCAUGCUUGCCUACCUUAUCGAGUACUGUAUUCGACACUGGUUCCCACCAUCUGAUCGUGAUGAGGUGGUGCAGCGUGCUCGUAUUUUGGUUGAAACCGCUUGA